CCUGCCUAGCCUAGUGGCUAGUGUCAAGACUCGACCUGAGUGUUCGGUCAAGAGUUUGUGCCAUGGAGUCGGAUGCAGAAAUCACCAGGAUAACGGAUGUUAUUGAAGAGACCUUGAAGAAGUACGACGGCCGGGUCAUUGAUCGCUUGGAUGCUUGGCUUUUCAAAUUGGAAGCUAAGCUCGGGUGCUGGCCCAUGGAUAUUGCUCCGGCGCGAGCCUCGGCAUCUACCGACCUGCGUGAGGACACUGAUCCUUCAGUCUUAUCAGAGGUCCUUCAGAAAGACAUCACACAAGACAGGCAGAUUUCCGCCAGCAGCCGAGGGAGGAUUGAAAUGGCCGAGAGCCAUCCCAUCGAAAGGUCGAUGACACCGGACAGCUAUGACAUGGCAACCCAGGUAGGGCAGAGCAUUGCAGCAGCGUUUUUGAAGUUGGGCUCCCACAGCCAGGAAAUGGCAAUAAGAAGUGGCGUGAACAAUGCCAUCAAAGGCUUCCAGGGAAGGAUGGCUCAGCUGGCGCAGUCGCAAGCAAUGGGCGUAUUUUGGGCGGUGAUCAUCUUGACCAACUCAGUUUACCUGGGUGUUCAGCUGGAAUGGACGGCCACGCACAGAGAUGACAAAUCGAUCACUCACAUUUUCGCAGCUGUCCAUGUCGUAUACGCUACCCUGUUUACGCUGGAAGCAUUCAUGCAGCUCGUGUCAGGGGGAUGCAGAGCAUACAUUUGGGGACCAUCAUGGGCCUGGAAUUGGCUGGAUAUCUUUGUUGUAAGUUCAUCCUGGGUUGAGUUAGUGGUGGACCUCAUAUCGACUGGGGAAUCAACCAGCCGCUCGAACAGCAGCUUCCGUCUGAUGAGGUUGCUGCGGCUAGGCCGAGUCGUACGGGUAGUUCGCAUUGUACGAGUGGUUCGCUUGUUCCGAGCGCUUCGCACUUUGGUGUACUCGCUUCUUGGAACUUUGAAGUCUCUCUUCUGGUCCUUCCUUUUGUUGACGUUGAUCAUGUACAUAUUUGGUAUUCUUUUCACAGAUGUAGUCUUGAACUACCUCAUGGAGCACGAGGGCGACUAUGAUGAACUGCAACUCUACUUCGGCAGUCUCUACUCUUCCGUCGUGACUCUUUUCCGGUCAAUUGCCAACGGCCUCACGUGGGCUCAAGCAGCGGACUCUUUGGAGGUAACAGGAAUCUUUUGGGUUCAAGUCUUUCACCUCUAUGUGGCUUUCUGCAGCUUCGCACUGUUGAAUGUGAUGACAGGAGUUUUUUGCAACUCAGCGAUCAAAGCGGCAGAAAGAGAUCAUGACACCGUGGUGCAGAACAUAGUCCAAACCAGGAAGGAUUUCCAGAAACUGGCGAGGCAGCUAUUUGAAAGGAUUGACACCCAUCGCAUGGGACACCUCACCAUCACUGAGUUUGAAAAACAUUUUGACGAUCAAGCAGUCAGAGCCUUCUUUGAUUUCUUGCAAAUCGGGGCCAUAGAUGCAUGGACCUUGUUUGUGGGUUUAGACAUGGACGGCGACCAUACAGUCACGGAGGAGGAGUUUACCGAACGAUGCAUGCAGCUGCAUGGUCCUGCCCGAUCUGCGGACCUUUUUGCUCUGAAACUGGGUACGGCCAAACUCGCCCGGCAGCUGCAGCAAAUCCGGGAGACUCAGCAAAGCAUGCAGGUGUUUCAAAUGCAACAGUUCCCAGCUACGGCGAAUCGCAGUAGUCGUUUCACUGUAUAGCCUGCACUCUGCACAGCAGCCUGCUUUGGUUUGUAUAGUUCGUUUAGUGUUUCAAUCUGCAGGUGCGGUUGGUUGGCAUCUGGCAUAUGCGAAGAACGCAAUAGGCCUGUUUGCUCAAGGCAAAUCUCGCCUGACCUGACGCGCGUACAGGCAUACAACAUCCUGCGACGGGCCAUCUUCAAGCAACUAGCCAGUCUUCAAGUUCUGACUUGUUGUGC